UUCAGCUGUCAUGGCUGAAAAGAGGAAUGUUUUGGGGCUGCCACUGCUGUUUCUAUUAAUUUCUGUGGCUGUUUUGCAUUUAAUAAUUUGUCCGUUUACGAAAGUGGAAGAGAGCUUUAAUUUACAAGCGACACACGACAUUCUGUAUCUUAGAAAUGACUUUGACAAGUAUGACCAUCAUGAAUUCCCCGGUGUGGUGCCUCGCUCUUUCCUCGGGCCCCUGUUUCUCUCCAUCCUCUCCUCACCUUUAGUUUUUCUGUCCUCACUGCUGGAUGCGCCAAAAUUCUACACGCAGCUUAUAGUGCGAGCUUCUCUGGGAGCGUGCGUGAUCGGCGCGCUAUGGCACAUGCAGCGAGAGGUGAGGAGGCAGUUCGGCUCCACGGUUGCGAGCCUCUUCUGCCUGACCUGCGCCUCUCAGUUUCACCUCAUGUUCUACAGCACGCGGACGCUCCCUAACGUAUUCGCACUGCCAUUAGUUCUCGUAGCGUUCACGUCUUGGAUGGCUCAGAAACACGGCCGCUUCAUCGGCCUCUCUGCUCUGGUCAUCAUCGUGUUCCGGUCGGAGCUGUGCAUCUUCAUGGGCCUCAUGCUGCUGAUGUCACUGCUGAGCAGGAAGCUGGGGCUGCUGAAGACGCUUUACUACGCUGCUCCUGCUGGGAUCUUGUCACUGGCUCUGACAGUGGCUGUUGAUUCCUUCUUCUGGAGGAAGCCUCUGUGGCCUGAAGGCCAGGUUUUGUGGUACAACACUAUUCUCAACAAAAGCUCCAACUGGGGAACCUCUCCCUUUCUUUGGUACUUUUACUCCGCUGUUCCUCGCGCUCUGGGCUGCACGCUGCUUUUCGUCCCCCUCGGCCUCCUUGACCGGCGCAUGAGGCUGCUGCUGCUGCCCACGGCAGGCUUCAUCCUCGUCUACUCGCUGCUGCCCCACAAGGAGCUGCGUUUCAUCAUAUACACCUUCCCCGUGCUCAGUUUGGUGGCCGCACGUGGCUGCUCAUUCAUUUUGUGCAACUACCAGAAAUCCUGGAUGUAUAAACUGGGUUCGGCAGUUGUGGUUGGCCAUCUGUUGAGCAACACACUUUACUCGAGUAUUUGUCUCUACGUUUCUCAUCACAACUACCCCGGAGGCAAAGGGAUACAGGAACUACACAGGCUGUUGCCACCCACAGCAGAUGUCUUUGUUCACAUUGACACCUAUGCUGCUGAAACGGGAGUAUCCCGAUUCCUAGAGCAAAACAGAAACUGGAGAUAUGACAAACGGGAAGACUUGAGCCCCACGAGUCCCGACAUCAAAGUGUACUCGCACCUACUGAUGGAGGCGAACGUCACCAACAUACAGCUGCUCCAGGGCACCCACCAGUCUCUGGCCUUCAUAGAAGGCUACAGCAACAUCGCCUUCGAUAGGUUUCACUUCCCUCCCAUCACUGUGCGUUUAGAGAGAAGAACUGUGCUCAUGGAAAGAAAGACUGACGCCACAAAGGGGUGAUUUAACCGGGUGUUGGAUUAAGUAAUGGAUUUAUAUGACCAAAAAAAAUAAGACCAAACGUUACACUUUUCACUGUGUUUUCUUUUUUUGACGAGAGACUGUAUGAGAUACUCAUCCAUGUCUAUUAUAGAAGAUAAGCAAGGAACUGAUGGGGACAGAGCAGCAAAAUGUGUUUUAGCUUUCUUUUUUUUUUUUUUUUUUAUAGAACUGCUGCCUUGUUUACUUACUUUGAUUGUGUUGCCCUCACUCAGCACUCUCUCCUAGUUGGAAAAGACUUCCAUUUACUGUGGUGGCGCUCUGAAUGCGGAUCUCAUAUAAUCCCACUUCAACAAAACGCAAGUAGCCCUGAAUUUCUGUUUCUCUAGGUAUCACAUUCCACCACAAACCAGCUGCAGAUAUACAUUAAUACCUGCAUGCAUGUUUUAUGAUGUUUAAGUGGCGUUCUACUCAUGUGUGGAAACAUGCUUAGGAAUCGUAUACAGCUCUCCUGAAUAGCAACGGUCUUUCUUCUGAAUCUUUUCUUUUCCUCACAGUCUAAUUAGUAUAUUUUGUAAAACAUUUUUCUAGAUGAAUAAAGCUGCCUGUGGGCACUGGGAAAACAUUUUAAAAUGUGUGAAGUGUGAACAAAAUUUGUUGUUAUGUGCUGCUAGACUGUAUAUACCCGACAUAAGUAUCCGUCUGCAAUAUUGUAUAAGGAAAACCUUUAUUUACAAAUGACCACAAAAUUUGCAUGUUUCCAGUCUCAAUGCUAAAACAUUUAUCAAAUUAGGUUGAGAAGUCAUUUAAUAUAAAAAUGUACAGUACAUUGUUUUACUCAAUAAUAAACCCAUAAUUUAAUCCCCUGGACAUAAACUUAAAAUUGUGCUUAAGAGACAAAUUGUAUAUUCCAAACAAACCCCCUUAUUCUGAAAAUACAGCAAUAGUAUACAUGAUCUUAUUAAAAUUCAGCAAGUAAAAAAAAAAAAAA